ACGAAUGUAUGGUGUCCUUCAAAAUUUUACAUUUUGGAAAACAAAUUUACAAAAUCAAAAAACACUUUUACAAGCAGUGAGACAAUUUUACAACACACUUUAACCAUUUCUGAAACAAAUUUACAUUUAUUUUUAACGGAAAGGGAAUGUACCAAAUACCGGAAGUGAUCCGGGAAUGAUCGAGUGAGGGGAUCAUUUAGAUUGUUUGGAUGAAGAGAAACCAAACGGAGCAACGUUUGGUACUGGUACUCCGUUUAGUACUGGGAGAGAACUUCUCUAAGUUUAACAUAAACAUAAUGUCAUUGCCAAUAAUUGUAAUUUUUCAAAGGCUAAAAUAAAAUAAAUUAAAGCUCAUGUGAGGAACAUUCAGGUUAUGUCUAUUUUGGCAUCCCCUGUGGAGCUGGUUGAUUUACUCUUUGCUGAUCCUGUCCUGUACAUAGAGUAAUGUUUUCUUCAUUAAAAAGGAAAAACCUUGUUUGUUUUAUUUGUCCAAAGUGCAACUUACAAUGAAUCUUUAGUGUGGGAAAAUUACAAGAGUCUGUCUGGGUAAAGAGAUGUCAAUCUACUCUGAUACAGGGGUGGAGUAGAAGAAGAAGAAAAAGGGCACAGAAGAAGAAUGAGGCAGGUAAGGAUAAGGAAUGGAUAGUGGCAGGGUUGGUAUAAGGUGGUAUAUUGGGUAAAUUACACUGGAUUUGACACGUGAAUGGAGCAAGUUAUUCAUGCGAAUCAAGCAAGCACAGAAUAAUCCGGCAUUUAAAUAUGCACAAAUGAAGUUAAAAUAUAAAGAUGAAACCAGACUUUUUAGACUGGGUCAGCCAAACUAGGGCACCAACUUUUGCAGGGGUGGUAUUAAGUAUGUUUGAUGAAUAGCAUUUUUACCCUAAUUUUCAUACUUGAAGUAUUAACAUGACAGUAUCCAAAAUAUGAUAUGUUCUUUUGGAUUAUUUUAAUUUCAGAAAGUAACAUAAAGUGGCAACAUUCAAAUUAUCUUAGCUUGAAUCUUCAAUGACAAAGUGGGCUAUUCUUGUUCAAAGUCACAAAUAGUGUACUGUUGCGACACAGCCAAAAUAGUUUGUCUAACUUGAGUACUUCCUCUGAAAAAGCAAAUACCCAAUCAUUGUUUAGAAAUUUGUAGUGGCAGGGCAUAUAUAUCAAUGAAAAAUCAUCAUGAGAGUAAACAAAAUAAAAGAUGUCUGUUUAUUUUAUUUAAGUUUGCUUUAAAUACAAUUAACAGCAACAAACAAGGAUUGGAUUUGUCUUUGUUGCCUUUCUUUUGACGCGCUGUGAGAGUAUUUUGAAGCCCUAAGUUUAGUUUUUCCUCGUUGUUAGUUUAACUUUAGCUUCAGAUGAGAGUUAAAACUGUGUUUUCUGUUGACUGUGAUCUCAGGAGAGGUAGGAUGUCGUAGCAGUAGCUGAGCAGGAUUUUGUCAAGCCUUUUUUUCUCAUUAGUUGCGUGCAUUUUCUAUUUUCUAAUAUGAGUAGUUUUUUUUAUCUGAUGGGUUAUAGGUGUUGACUGUGGUAAUCCUUAUCACAGUAAUGACAGGGACACAGAGUGCAUCAGUUGUGGUCUCGACUGGUCUUGAUAUAAAAUAGGGAGUCCGCCCAGUCCGAGACAGAGACAAGACGGGGUAAAAAUGUUUCCGAUUCCAAGACGAUACCGAGACCUUAAAUAAGCGGUCUUGAGCAAGGGAGAAGUUCCCUCGGCUGGUGGUGAGGCUUACAGCAGUGUGAAAAAAACUGUCUCUCCCAUUCAUUUGAAUGGGGGAGCAGUCAAACUUUAAAAAAUAAAUACACGUCGUACGAAUGUUUCUCACAUCCGUAUGCUGUGGUUAUAUGUAGUUAGUAUUUGACUGUUUUGUGUCCAAGUCCUCUUUUUCCUGAAAGGUUUCUUUUUCAUUAGUUAUUAGAGUUUAAAAAACGGGGUUUCCUUUGAUUCACAGCCGCCGUAGAGGGAAACUUUAAAGGACACACAGCAUCUUAUGACGUUACGCUGUAGGCUGGAGCUCGUUACAGUGGCUUCACAGGCUCUGGCUGCACAAUGGAGCGGGAUUUUUUGGCUUCAGAACUGUACAACGGGAAGAGGCAGAGCAACGCUGUCCAUUUAAUAUACAGUCUAUGGUCUCAAGACCAAGACCGGUCUUGAGUACUACAACACUACUCUCUGUUCCCCACAUUUCCUGUCUCUCUUCAGCUGGGGUGACCAUUAAAGGCGAAAAUGCCCAAAGAUAUAACUAUAUAAAAAAACUUUAAGAGGGCCAUGACCACCCCUGGUCACCCUUAGAAAUGCCCCAGCUGUGAUUUCAAUCAGGGGUGCAAUGAAACACAUUUAUUUAAGUAAUGAUUCUUCUCUCUAAUAGCCUUGAAGGUCAUUUAGGGAUAUCAUUAUCAAUUUCCCUGCGUCCUCUUAAGGAUUUUAUAUAACCAGAAGAGACCUGAAUAAGUUUGAUCUUUGAUGCAGGAGAAAGCAUUGUGUGCUAGGUACUUUGUGUCUGUUUUCUUGGGGAAAAUAACAAUAAUGUGUCAUAGCCUAUAAACGUUUCAUCCAAUACUUGUUCUGUUCUGAGCCAGACCAUAAAGCCACAUUUUUAUAAAGUCACUGAACAUUAAUGUUACCCCUGAGGACACUUGACGGUGGAUUCGGUUUAUGUUUUAAAAUUGAAUGCUCCUUUGAGAUAGUUUCCGUCCUUCCCAUUUUCUCCUCAGAUGACCAUCAUCAUAUCCACGAAUUCCACUCGGUGUAUUGGUCUCGGGGGAUAAAAACAGUUCCUUUGAUCACGUAGACCGCGGUGGUCUUCAGUGAGCUGAAAUCCUCCUCUAGGCGGUCUACAGCUGAUUGAUCGGAGUCACCUCGGCUCACCUAACAGCAGCGGCGGCCUCCAUUUUAACUCCGACACCGAGCCGUACCUCACGUGUCCUGGGCUGUCUCUCUCACAUGACCCGAGUGUUUGUUCCCGUGAUCAGCACUUCCAUCUCCGUCUGUGACACCGAAUAUCACUUUUGAUUCUCACACUGAUGGAUAUGCUCGAACAGAGUCUGGACAACUCAAGCCAAGAGAAGCAAGAAGAAGUUGUCCAGACAUCUGAAGACGGAACAGGUGAGGAGCAGGAAGCUGUCACCAUCGCCAGCGUCCAGCAGGCUGCAGGGUUUGGAGACCACAACAUACAAUAUCAGUUCCGCACUGAGGGUGGUCAGGUUACGUAUCGUGUUGUUCAGGUGACUGACCAGCAGCUGGAAACGAGAGACGAUGGAGGAGGAGCAGUGAGUGUCGUCUCUGCAGCAGCCUUCACAGGGGCUCCUCAGGCUGUGGCUCAGGCUGUGAUCCAAAACCCCUUCAGUAAUGGAGGAAGCCCAGCAGGAGAGGCGGUGGGAGGGGAGACCCGCUUCGCUUACUUCCCCGCGUCUGCUGUGAGCGACGGGACUGUGUCUGUGCAGGCCGCCGCGGACCCCGCAUUCACACAGGCAGGGGGUCAGUUUUAUGUGAUGAUGACGCCCCAGGAUGUCAUUCAAACUGGCACACAGCGAACCAUCGCCCCACGCACACAGUCCUUCCCUGCAGAUGAAAACGAGCUGCUGCAGCAGGAUGGUUUAAACUGGAAAAUGGAUGGACCGCGAACGCCAAGAGAUGAAAGGAGAAGAGCGCAGCAUAAUGAAGUUGAGAGGCGGCGGAGAGACAAGAUCAACAACUGGAUUGUCACGCUUUCCAAGAUAAUCCCAGACUGCAAUAUGGACAGCACCAAGACCGGAGCAAGCAAAGGAGGCAUCCUGUCUAAAGCCUGCGACUACAUCCGGGAGCUAAGGCAAGGCAACCAGCGGCUGCAGGAGAGUCUGAAAGAAGUGGAGAGGAUACAAGUGGACAACGAGCUGUGCAGGCAGCAGAUUGAAGAGCUGAAGAACGAGAAUGCUUUGCUGAGAGCGCAGCUCCAGCAGCACGGCAUCGAGACGGUCGGAGAGACGCCGCCACAGUGAAGCAGAGACAGAAAAAAAGAGUGAGAGAACAGGGAGGGGGACUGCCGGCACAGACAUGCGAAUGACGGAGAAGAAGGCGAGAUGAUGGAGAAAAAAAAGGACUCACUUUCUUUUUAGUGAAUGCAUCCUCCCCUGAGUUCCCAGGUUGCGACCCCUUCUUGGCCUAUAGUGGCUGUACUUGACUGUUCCAAUCCUGUUGACAUAAACACCUUCAGUAGAAAUGUGCUUCAAGAAAAGAUGCCAACUCACCUCCAUCAGAGUGCUGCUUCACCAGCACAAGCUAAGAAGAACCUCUGCUGAACUUUGUUUUGUAUUUAUGUAGCCUCACUCAUGGACUUUGAUGUUUGUCAUUUAAUUAUGUUCCCCCUCUGUACUUUUCCCUCAGAGUUAUUAAUUUUAACUUAGUUUAUGCUUUUAUUCUGUUUGUUUUGGCGUUUCUGUAUUAAUAUGUUGUUUUUAGCUGCUUUAAUUUAUUAGUCCGCUCGCUGACAGAAGCCUUGAUGGAGACCAGUUACAUUGCAGCUCAUGCACCCCGGAGAAGCAGAGAGAGAAUUUCAAGUGAGAAAUCAUCAAAAGAAUGCAAAACAUCAUGAUUCUGCAGACAGAAAUAAUGUGACACACAUAGCUUACCUAGACCCAAAGACAAACAGGAAGCUGCAGCCUCUCGUCUCUGGGCUGAUUUAUGUAAAUAUGACGUCUCAUGUUUUAAUACAGAUGUUACAGAGUAUUAGAGCAGAUUAUCUCUGGGAGCAAACAAUCAAUAACUCAUUAACUUCAUGCUGGCCCUUUGUUAUAAUAAUGAUGUGUGCAAUCUCAGAGCUUGAUUUAAAAAGAAAAGAGUGGUAUACUUGAAUUGUUGGGCAUUUGCUUAACCAGAAAAUCGCUCAGAGGUCGACAAUAUCACUUUGAAAGAUUCAAGAGUUUAAUUGCAGUUUAAUUACAAAUGGAAUGCAGAAUAAAGUGGAGCAUAAAGAUGAUUGAUAAACCCAGCGUGCGUGAGAGAGGAGAGCAUAGCAGAUUCCAACUUUUUCCCAAACUUCACGCAGGUAUUGUGGUUUCCCCUCCAUCUUUUGUUCAUGUGUGAUUUCCCACUGUCUCAGUACGUGUACGAAUAAUCCCCACAUGUUCCAUUUCAAGCUGUUUGCUCUAUUUUGGUAUUGCAACACUUCAAAUGGAGCUCAACGCACAAGAGGGGGAGGAGGCACCCUGGAGAGUGGUACUCAAAGACUGUGCUCACUACGGAAAAAGGAGCACACAAAUUCUGUGUCGCACUUCUUAGUUGAGCACAUUUCGCUCUCCGGGAAAGAGACGGGAGUAGUUUGGAAGCAGGAAACUCACAUAUUUCUCCACCCACUCAGGCGAACAAUAAGCAAACUGUAAUUGGUUGUACAAACAGCAAAAGCCAAUAUUUAAUAUUGUUGAUGAUUUUGUGAAUGAAUAUACAUGAUGUAUUUUGGUUCCGCUUUGGGCGAUGUGAAUGAAAGCGGGAGAGAGCUAUCAAGAUUCAGAGCCACUGAAUAGAGCACGGUCGCUUCUCUCUGUGUCAACAGCUCAGGAUCCAGCAAAGCAAAACCAACUCUCAGACCCCUGGCAAAUCAGGCAGACGAUCUCAUUUUAAUAUCUCAGACAGUGCAAGUUAACAGCUUGUGCUGGGGAAGUGCCGUUCUGCCACUUCUGCUCGAUUCAAACCUGAUACGAAAAGUGCAAGUGUCUGAUCCAUCAAACGAGGCUCCUAGCCAAAGUUGAAUGAUAGAUGUGUUGCAGUAGAAGUUUUUUUUUACACCUCACUGAGAGGAGAGGAGAGAAAUGUGAAUGUGAAGGCAUGAAUAAUGCUCCGGAAGAUGGAUGUUCACAAAUGAAAGGUCACUUGUGGCUAAUUUUUUUUUUUUUUCAAGCGUUUCUUUUUUGAAAUGGCAAAAGGAAGGAAAAAAGAAAAGACUCCUUUUCUCUCUGUAGCAGCCGCACUGUUCUCAGGUUAGAUUGUAAGACAUCUUUUCUAAGCAAAAAGGUGGAAAAUAAAACUUUCACAUGCUAAUAACCUCAAAGA